GGCGCGGGCCGAGCGCUGCCCUUGGUGCCGCCAUGGCCGCCCGCCUGCUGCCCGUGCUCAGGUUUGUCAUCAAAGGAAGCCUGGCCGGAGCUGCUGUGUACGUGGCCUACGAUCAGGGGCUGCUGGGCAGCGGUGCAGAAGGUGCUGAAGCCCUAAAAAAGGCUCAGGCGGCGCUGCCUCCUGCAGUCAAAGAGUGGACGAGUUACAUGGGCUGGGAGCUCCCGCCUGCUCCAAGCUUGGACUUUUCCCCCUCUGAUUCCUGGAACAAAGGAGUGCACACGGUGAUGUCUGCCCUGUCUGUGGCUCCCAGCAGGGCCUGCGAGUACACAUCAGAAGGCUGGAAGUACGUGAAGGACCUCGUCAAGUGAGCACGUCCUCUGGGUGCAGCUCUGCACUUCUGUCCGUCCUGUGCUGGUCCCGCUGGAGGGCAGCUCAGCCACACAAGGGCUACAAUAAAGGACUUUGGAAGUUCCCA